AUUAAUGGAUGAAUAUGAUGAGGAAUAAUUUGAGCAUUCAGAGUGUUUAGAGGAAAAUAAUGAAUUUAUGAAUAUAGAUUAGGAGCAUUAGGGUAUGGAAGAAGGAGAAUUAGAGUAAUGUGAGAUAUGUUCUCGUAAAUUUCAUACAGAAAGGAUAGGAAAGCAUAGAUAGGUUUGUGAGAAGGCUUAAUAAAAAUAAAUAGAAAGAGAAAAGCUUAUAAAACGUAAAUAAUAAAAGAAAGCUGAACUUUAAUAGAAGUUAGAUGUAAAGGAGAAAGAAGUGAAAAAUAAAACAGUUAAUAAUUGGAGAGAAUAACAUAAGUAAUUUUAAUAGAUGAUUCAUGGAAGUAAGAAAGAAUAGGAGGUAAUAAAUUGAAUGAAUUGAUAAAGGUUUAAAAUGAAGGUGGUGAAGAUAGAACUGUAAAGACUCCAGAAUUGGUUGAAAAUUCAUAGUAUGUGUAUUGUGAAUAUUGUUAACGUCGUUUUGAUAGAUGUAUAAAAUUAAAAGAUAUAUUUAAAGAUGUUGCUGAAAGACAUAUUCCAAAAUGUAAAGAAAUUAAAGCUAAACCAAAACCCCCAAAAAAACAUUAAUAAUAAGAAAUGAAAAGAACUACAUAGUUAAGCACUGCAUCUACUACUAAUUAAAAUGAAAAUAUUGAUCAAACAAAGCAAUCUUUUCAUGCUUAGAGUUUGAUGAAAACUGCUGAAGUUUAAAAAAGAUAGUUACCAGAAUUAAAGAAAGCUAUCUAUACAGGAUUUGGUAAUAAAUAGAAUUUUAUAUUAGGUUUUAUGGAUUGUUAAACAAGGGCAACUGCUCUAUCAGAUACUGAAUGUCCUCAUUGUUUUCGAAAAUUUAAUCCUAAAGCUGCACUCCGUCAUGUUCCUAUUUGUGAAAAAUUGAUCAGCAAAGAAUAAUUUAGUAAUAUUAUUAAUAUCAGCUAAAGAACUUAAAUUAAAAAAUAAAGCUAAUUUACCUAAACCAAAAAAAGUAGAACCUGUUUUGCCUGCCAUCAUCACUCAGCAACCAUAAAUGAAAAAGAUUCUCAAGGAAACUGAUAUCUAAUUGAAAGGUUAAUCUAAAUUUUGUACAUAAUGUGGAAAUAAGAUGCAAUAAGGACAUAAAUACUGUGGAGGAUGUGGCCAUAAAAGAGAAAUUGAAUAAUGA